AUGGGAAAAGAAGAAUUGCAAAAAUUUAUUGAUAAUUGGCUUGAAUGGGAUAAGAAUGAUGACACUCGAAAUCAAAUUUCUAAACUUCUGGAAGCAGGAAAUACAGCAGAACUCAAAGCUUUGAUGAUUGGUGAACUUUCUUUUGGAACAGGUGGUACUAGAAUUGGUCCAGGCUUCACUCAAUUAAAUGAACUUAACGUAAUCCUACUCUCUCAUGGAAUGGCUCAACUUUUAUUGCAAGAGAUGCCAAUUAAAAAAAACAAAAAGUUAAAAAUUGUAGUUGGAUUUGAUGGACGUCACAAUAGUUUGAGAUUCGCUCAAUUAGCCUCCAAUGUAUUUAUCAACAAUGGAAUUUGUGUAACUUUGUUUUCUGAAUGUGUCCCUACACCUGUUGUUUCUUUUGCCGUUGUUGAAUUAAAUUGUGAUGCUGGUUUAAUGAUAACUGUCUCCCAAAACCCAACAAAAUAUAAUGGUUAUACAAUUUAUUGGAAUAAUGGUGCUCAAAUACUUCAAUCUCUGGAGAGAAAAAUUCGUCUUCUUUCUAAGGAACAACCCAAAGACGAAUAUUGGAAUACUACAACUCUUUCUACAAACAAUUUAUUUUCUGUUGCUGAUUUUGUUCUGGAAAAAUAUUUUUGCGAUGAGUCUUCUGCCUGUUGUUUUCAUAAAGAAUUAAAUGCAAAAACUUCACUUAAAUUUAUUUAUUCUUCCUUUAAUGGUGUUGCUUUUAAAUUUGCUCAACGAAUGUUUAAAGAAUUUGGAUUUCCAGACGAUGCUCUUUCUUGUGUUAAGGAACAAGCCGAACCCGAUCCAGACGUUCCAACUGCCUCCUCUCUUGAUGUUCUCAAACUUUGUUAUCAAACAGCAGAGGAAACUGGUGCUACUUUUAUUUUGGCUAAUGAUGCUGAUGCUAAUAGGCUUCAAAUUGCUGAAAGACAACCAGACGGCGAUUGGUAUUUAUUUAAUGGGAAUGAAAUGGGUACUUUGUUAACAUGGUGGAUUUGGACACAAUGGAAACAACAAAAUCCGAAUUUACCUGGAGAAGAUUUUUAUGUUAUCAAUGGUGCCUUUUCUUCUCAUAUAGUUGCUAAAAUGGCUAAAAUUGAAGGUUUCAAAAACGAUGUUUCUUUAACUGGUUUCAAAUAUUUUGGAAAUAGAGCACAUGAACUUCGAACGAAAGGAAAAUUGGUUAUUCUUGCUUGGGAAGAAUCUAUAGGGUUUGCAACAGGAACAACUCUUGAUAAGAGCGAAACAAGUGCAGUAGCAGUCUUUGCAGAAAUGGCCAAUUAUUUAGCUUCUCAAAAAUUAAAUAUGAAAAAACAAUUACUUAAUAUUUGCAAUAAAUAUGGUCUUUAUUUGAAUACAAAUAUUAUUUAUUCAAAUCCUGUGAGAACUGGAACAAGAAUUAAUGUUGGGGGCAACAUAUACUCCUUUCUUUUUAAGUUUUCAACAAAAUUUACCUGGUAUUGUACACUACACUCCAACCCGCAGAUUAAAUGUACUGGCUCCAUUCACACAUACAAAAAAAACAACAAUAAUAUAAUAAUUAUUGGUACAGAACACAAUAAUGCUUGUAUUUCCAAAAAAAAUUCAACACAAUUUACUUUAAACAACACUUUUCCACCACAACAACAAGAUUUGUCUUCAAAUAUUUCUGAAAAUGAUGUUUAUGAUCUCGAAAAAGAAGAAACUACACACGAAGAAAUUCCAAAAUCUCCAAUUUCAACUAAUAAAUUCGAAAAUGUUGUAGUGUGGGGACGUGGACUUUUGCCUGUUGGAACGAGUGCUAAUGAGGAGCUUUGUGUAUAUGUGGAUAAUUGUGAGGAUGAAGUUGUUGUUGGCGUUAAAAAAGAUGAAAUUCUCGUCCCUGUUUCUCGACAAGAUUUUGAACAGAGACCGUCAGCAGCAGCACAACCUUUUACUGCUAUACACCCGCGACAGUCUUUUGUUUUUACUCCACGUACAAGUGGGAAGUAUGAGGUUUCUGUGAAAAGCACUGCAAGCAAUGCACAUUUGGGAAGUAGUCCGUAUAAGAUUGUGGUUGGCCCAAAAAAUAUCUCCAGUAUUCGUGCUGUCGGCCCUGGAUUGGAAGGAGGUGUUGCUGAGGAAAGGGCUGUUUUUUAUGUCGACACACACGGAAGAGCAAAUUAUUUAGAAUUCUCAAUCGAUGGCCCCGGCAAAACGGAAAUUAUUUGGUGUGACAAUGGAGAUGGAACGGCAAUGGUUGAAUACACACCUCAUGUUCAGGGUCGUUACAAAAUCAACAUCAUCGAACAUGACACAAAUUCCCAUAUAAAAGAUUCACCUUUUGUUCUUUGGAUUGAACCAGCAAAUUUACUACCUUUCAAAAACAUUGCUCGGCCAAUUCGAAUACCUUCAUUUGAAACCAACGAAGGACAAGUUGACAACCAAUUCAAUUUUAAAAUUCCAAAAGAAAUUGACGCCGAAACAUUCUACGUUGAAAUCUACGACCCAAAUUUACAAAAAGUCGAUUUUGAUUGUGAAAAUAAACUUGAAGGAAAUUUUUACAGUUUUAUACCGCAAAAGGAAGGAAAGGUUUUUUUUUUAAUUUUUUAUUUGGUUUGA